UUGUGGGAACUCCAUGCUGGAUGGCACCAGAGGUGUUGCAGUCACAAAGUGGUUAUGACUUCAAGACUGAUAUCUGCUCAUUUGGAAUCACCGCACUGGAGUUGGCUCAUGGUCAUGCACCAUUCUCGAAAUAUCCCCCAAUGAAGGUUCUUUUGAUGAUCAUACAAAAUUCGCCUCCUGGACUUGAUUAUGACCGCGAUAAAAAGUUCUCCAAGCCUUUUAAAGAAAUGGUUGCAAUGUGCUUGGUGAAAGACUUAACAAAGAGGCCAACUGCAGAGAAACUGUUGAAACAUUCCUCUUUCAAGAAUGCAAAGCCUCAAGAGCUUUCUGUGAAAAAACUCUCUGCUGACUUACCUUCGUUGUGGAAUCCUGUGAAGGCAAAUUUGAGUCUUAAGGAUGCUGCACAACUAGCUUUGAAGAAAAUGCCUUCAGCUGAACAGGAAGCAUUGUCACAGGUCUGAGACAUCAGAAGAAUUUAUUGGCUAUUUGAUCUUUUAUUUGCAACUUUCCUACUGUACAUUAAUUUUGUGCUCAAUCUUAGUUUAGAUAUUAGUUCGAUUGUUUUUUGUAGCUAUCAUCUGGGACUUUUUUAGCAAAAAAAAUGCAGAUUUAGUACAUUCAUU